AUGUCGUCGAAGGGACUCGAUGCUUUGCUGGCACUCCCCAGCACCUCGCUGCUGAUCCGUGAUGGCAAGGAUGGAGCAGCCGACGCGAGCUCUACCGCUACCCUUGGCGAUCUUCGAAACGCUAAGGCUACAGUCUACGACUUCUGGACAACCCGGUGCACCAACUGCCCCGCGGCGCUGGACGCCCUGGACUCGAUCGCCCUCGGGCGACCCUCCGUGACCUUCGUGGCGGUCAACAUCGACGACUCAAGCGCGGCGCGCGAGCUCGUCUCGCAGGCCGCUUCCGAGGGCAGGUGGACCAGCCUGGCCCACGUGCACCUGGAGGAGGACGAGAAGGAGAGGGCUAAGGACAUCCUGGGCAUGAGGACUGUACCCUUUUACGUCGUCGUCUCCGAGGACGGGAAGGUGCUCCGGCACGGCAGCGCCAAGACGCUUCCCCUCAAGACGGUCGAAUCCCUCGACUCCGCUCUGCUCCCACCACCGGCCGGUGCUGGUUCUGCUACCGCUCGGGAGGGCCGCUACGGGGAGGGUCAGCAGGACGAGAACGACGCCGCGGCCGCCAACGCCGCCGCACCACCCGGGGAGGAGACAGCAGCCGCUGGUAGCCCUACCGCCGAAGGGGGCCCGCGAGGUAAAGCGACCCCUUCCCCCCUGAUGGAGUGUGUCGGGGAUGUGUGCAAGCUGGUCCGCAAGCCGAAGGCAGCAGCGGCAGCAGCAGCGGCGGCGGCAGCACCGCAAGGACAAGCUACGGGAGAAACGGCCGCCGAGGCAACGGUUGCUGCUAAGCCUGGGCCCGCCGCCGCUCCUGCCGCUCCUGCUCCCUCCCCGGCCGGUGUGGAGUGCGACGGCGGUGUGUGCAAGCUGGUGCGCAGGCCGAAAAAGACCGCCGAGCAGGAGUCGAAGGACGGUUCGGUAGCUGCUGUUGCUGAAGCCUCCGCCUCCGCCGCCGCCGCGGCGGUGCCCGCUGCGCGCACCAUGGAAUGCGCGGGAGGCGUGUGCAAGCUGGUGCGCAAGCCGAAGAAGGCCGCGGAGGAACAACCGUCGGUGUCGGAGAGGAAAGAGGAGGCAAGCGAGUCGCCGCUCGUCGUCGGCGACGCCAUGCCUUCCCUUCAGGUUGUGCCGAUCGAUGGGGGCUCCGCGACCACGCUCGACGACGUCAGGGCCGGGGGGCCCGCGGUUCUAGAUUUCUGGACGACACGUUGCGUGCGUUGCCCCGCCGCUCUUGAUGCUCUCGAGGGAUUGGCAGCGGCCGCGGCGGCAGCUGCUACGGGCGACGACGCUGUCACGUACAUUUCGGUCAACCUCGACAGCUUAGAGGGGGCACAGGAGAUCGUAUCCAAGGGGGGUUGGCCUACCUUGACCCACACCAUCCCCCGGGGAAAUGAGGAGGAAUCGGAGGCGCUGCUAGAGAGGUUCAAGACCAGAGCGGGCCUGAAGAGCGUGCCCUUUUACGUCGUGGUCGCACGGGACGGUCGAAUCGAACAGAUCGGAGGGCCAAAAGCGGUCAAGCUUGAAACGGUUUCGGGCUCCAACAACAACGGUGCUGCUGCGCCAAAGGCGGCAGAAGGAGCACCACCAGCAGCACCGGCUGCUAAAGAAGCACCGAAAGCCUCCGUUUUCACCAUGGACGAAGAUUUUUGAGGGCAAAAAGAAAGAGCACUUUUUCGUUUCGCCAAGCUUUAUUAUGAGCGUCUUCUUGACAGAGCACGUUUAUUUGUUAGGUAGGGCGGUGUUAAUAAUUGUCGGCGGCAAGAAUUUGUUACGGUGCUGGUCGGAUGAGUCUCGUGCGACGACGGUGGGGAGGGAGGGAUCUGCCUCAUAAUGCUUGCGUGGGGGGACUUGCUGUGGAGUGGGGCGUCCUAUUGUACUGCGGGCUAGUAAAAGCGGGAGAGUGUGUAUAAGAGAUGAAGCAGAG